AUGAAUAAAAUGAGAUGGGUAUUGGUUCUCUUUAUAUUAUUUUUAGAUUGGACAUUCAUAAAUGGAUAUAUCAUAAAUUUAAAAAAAGGGAAUUGUGUUAAUUUAGUAAAUAAUUAUGAAAUAAAAAAUAAGUUAGCAAAAAAAAAUAUUGCAAAAAAAAAUAUUGCAAAAAAAAACGUUGCAAAAAAAAAGUCUUUAAAUAUAUUUAAAGAAGAAGAAGUAGACGAAAAAUAUAAUACAAUAAACACGAUUAAUAGUUUGUUAGGGAAAGUUAAAAGACAAUUUAAUAUUACUCAUGCUAUAGAUAAUAGAUUGAAACAUAAUACUUCAAAAGGAAGUGACAGUUUAAAAUCAAACAAUGCUACAGGUAUAAAGGAAAAUGAACAGAAUGAAAAAAAUGGACAAAAUGAACAGAAUGGAAAAAAUGGACAAAAUGAACAGAAUGGAAAAAAUGGACAAAAUGAACAGAAUGGAAAAAAUGGACAAAAUGAACAGAAUGGAAAAAAUGGACAAAAUGAACAGAAUGAACAGAAUGAAAUAAGAGCCAUCUUUGGUUCCAUGCUAGAUGGAAGCUUGAAAAUAGGGAGAGCAAAUACCUUGUUUAAAGAAUUGAAAGAGGAAAAAAAAAUGAUAGAUUUAAAAUAUAAAAUGCUGUUAAGUAGAAAAAUGAAAUUGAGAAGAAACCAAUUUAAACAACUAGAGGAAGAUAUAAAUAAUGGAACGUUUAAAUCACCAUAUAAUGAAGAACAAAGAGAAUUUUUGCAAAAACUUUUAAAAGAGCAAGAAGAAGCAAUUGAACCUAUAUUAAAAGAAAUCGAACAAAUUGAGAAAAAUCGAUAUUUAAUUUUUGAUGAAAAAAAUGAAUUAUUUGUUAAAUUAAGACAAGAUAUCGAAAAAAAAAAAAAUGAAAUAAAUAUAAAAUAUCAAGAAGAAGCUAUCAAAUUAGGUAUUAAACAAAUUAUGGAUAAUUUAUAUGACCAAACAAAAACACCAUUAGUAUGGGAUCUAACACAAAAAAGUUGGCCACAAGCUAUUUAUCCAUUAAUAAAUGGUAUGAAAUUAAAAGCAGAUGUAUAUUGGGAAUCAACAGUAGUUGGUGGAAAUAGAGAAGAAAAUGAAUUUUUUUUUACUCCAUCAAAUUUACCAUCUUUAGGUGAAAAAAAAAAAAAAAGAAAAGGAAGAGGUGUUGGAAGUAAAAGAGGCGGAUCAUGUGGUCGAGGUAUGAAAGGACAAAAGAGCCGAAGUGGAGGUUCAAUACCUAUUGGGUUUGAAGGUGGGCAAACCCCAUUAUAUAGAAAAUUACCAAAAUUUGUAUCAGCCCCUCUUGGACCGGGUCAUAGAUUUAAUAGAUAUGACUAUGAAUUAAUUUCAUUAAAUUUAAUUAAUUUAGCAUAUACAAGAAGUGGAGAAAAAUCAUUUUUAGAAAUCGAUUGGAAUGUUAUUGAUAAAUUAGGUCUUAGAAUAGGAAAAUAUAAAAGAAGACAUCCGAUAAAAGUUGUUGGAUGCAAUUUAAAAAAAUUUAAAAUGAAAAAUGGAUUUGAUUUCAAAUUUUAUGCAAAAAAUGUUAUUCUUAAAGCACAUUCAUAUACAGCAAAAGCCGCAAGAGAAAUUAUAAAAAAUGGUGGACGAUGUUUAUUGUUAAAAAAAAAUACUCAAGAUAUCGUAUAUUCAGAAUAUAAUCCAGAUGAUAAAGAUUUAAACCGAAUUCCAAGAAGAAUUGUUUUUUCAGGAAAGCCAUCAAAAUAUGAAAGAAAAAUGCAUUGGUUGAAGACGGUAAAGGUGCAUAAUGAAAAUUGUGAGGAAGCGGUGGAAACUCGUAAAAAUAAAUAA